ACAGCGACCCGGCCCAUAAACGCGCGCUGCGAACGGGCGACCUGGAUUAUCCGCGCAAGAAAAAACAAAGAAUUCCGCGAGGAAGGCAGCAAGCCAAGAGCCAAGAGAGGUGUCCACCAAAAAAAAAAAAAAAGAGCCAAGAGAGGUGGACGAGAGCGCGGCGGCGGCGGCGGCGGCAGAGGCCGAGAGGAGGUGAUGGCGAGGACGGACAGCUGCCUGGCGCGCGUGGGCGCCGGAGCCGCCAUCGGUGGCGCGGUCGGCGGAGCCGUCGGUGCUUGCUAUGGAACUUUUGAGGCAUUCAGAUACAAGAUCCCUGGUUUGCUAAAGAUCAGAUACAUUGGACAGACCACUGUGGGUAGCGCAGCAAUUUUUGGGCUUUUCUUGGGGGCUGGCAGCUUGAUUCACUGUGGAAAAUCCUACUAGUUCGUGUCAUCCUUUUUUUUUUUGAAAAAAAUACUCGGUUGAUGGGCUUCCCUGGGUGGCCUCAGAGGACGUCUGUGAAAACAUUUGUUCAAUGUUUAUGUACAAUUUAACAGCUAAUAGCUCAGGGUGGAUAGAACAAUCAUGCUAUUUGAUAUGCCGGUCCUAGUUUUGGUGUGGAAAUAAAACCCAUGUUCAUCUAUACGCUUGAAUCAUCAAUUCCUGGAUGCAUCUA